AUGGAGAACUUGGUUCAGGAUUUGCAAGAUGAGCUGGAGAUGAAAGAGGGGUUAACUGUGAAGGAACUGCCUAAUGAGACGUCUGGUGAACUAGAUGAUGGCAAUAUCAAAGCUCACACCCCUGAUUCAAUAUCAAUGAGCAAAAUUGAAGCAGAACUUGAAGCCGAGCUUGCGAGGCUGGAGUUAAAUAUCACUUCAAACCACUUGGAAGAAGAACCGUUUGACUUGAUUGAGAUCGAUCAGGAGUUCAUUGAAGAUAUUGUUCAGGGGGAACUGAAGAGCGACAUGAUUCGUCGUGACAUUGCUGAUUACAGCAGUGAUAGUGACCAUGGCAGGGACAGCAGACAAAGCUCCCCAGAUUACACACAUGAGACAAACUAUCCUGUCUCACCUAGAGAUCUCAGUCUCCGUCUCCACAAGGUGAUCCAGCAUAGGCUGGAAGAGCGAAUCAAGGAGCUUGAGACAGCACUAGCUCAGAGCCAGAAGCAGGCGCAACUGCACAUGAUGGCGAGAGAGCGAGUCUUCUCCGAACAGACGUGCUUAAACAGUGAUUCAGGUUCUUCUUCCAACCAGGAUAGUCCAUUGUUUAUACAAGAAACUAGCUCCUCCGCCGAACCUUUCUGUCUAAAUCUAGCUGGAGACGCACUAGAAGCCUACGAUGAAGCCUAUGAAGAAUUCAUGAGAAUUGCUGACUCCCCUUGCACCACAAGUACAAACGGGAGGCCUCAGGUAAAUGAAGAUUACUCAGUGGACCGCAGCUUGAUCUGGGGCUUGGAAGAUGAGAGCGCUACGGAGCUGAAAGAGGACAGCGCUUGGGAGCAGGCUGUGAAGAGCGGGGACCCUAACAGAGCUCAAGAGAGCGAUGGAGACGAGUCGGGCGACGAGGAUGACCACGAUAGUGCUCAUCCAACAGAUUGUAGAGAGAACUAA